CAUUCUUCUGCCCAAUGGACGCGGGAAAUGAUUGAGUUUGCUGUGGCUGCUCCUAAUCUCAAAUUUGAGAGAGAGAGAGAGAGAGAGAGAGAGAGAGAGAAUGUGGCUAGGGAACGACUGAAAUCGGGAAUUAUUUAUUGUCAGGACUACCGUCGAAUUCUAUUGGACCUUUAGGAUGGACUAAAUCGUAAUUAUGGUGAUGAAUUCCGUGCAUUGGUUUCGCAAAGGACUGCGGCUCCAUGAUAAUCCAGCUUUGCAGGAAGCUCUAAAUGGCGCGGAUACUGUACGCUGUGUUUAUAUUUUGGACCCGUGGUUCGCAGGUUCGGCCAAUGUGGGAAUCAACAGAUGGAGAUUUUUACUGGAGUCUUUAGAGGAUUUAGAUACAAGUUUGAGGAAACUGAAUUCAAGGCUGUUUGUGGUGCGGGGACAGCCAACGGAUGUCUUCCCCAGACUAUUCAAGGAGUGGAAUGUCACACGUCUCACAUUUGAAUACGACUCGGAGCCUUAUGGGAAAGAAAGAGACGCCGCCAUCAUUAAAAUGGCACAGGAGUACGGUGUGGAAACCGUGGUACGAAACACUCACACGCUGUACAAUCCAGACAGGAUCAUAGAAAUGAACAACCACAGUCCCCCCCUCACCUUCAAGAGAUUUCAAGCCAUUGUGAACCGACUGGAACUGCCCAGGAAACCUCUGCCGACCAUCACUCCAGAGCAGAUGGCCAGGUGUCGGACGCAGAUCUCAGACAAUCAUGAUGAGCGCUACGGAGUGCCAUCGCUAGAGGAGCUGGGUUUUAUGACUCGGGGUGACCGCACUUGUAUAUGGAAGGGUGGUGAGACAGAAGCCCUGGACAGACUCAAUAAACACCUGGACAGGAAGGCCUGGGUAGCAAAUUUCGAGAGGCCUAAAAUAACUGCUCAGUCCCUGUUUGCCAGCCCAACUGGACUCAGUCCUUACCUACGAUUCGGCUGUCUGUCAUGUCGCGUGUUUUACUACAAUCUGCGGGAACUUUAUAUGAAGCUCCGGAGACACUCCAGUCCUCCCCUCUCGCUUUUUGGCCAACUGUUAUGGCGGGAGUUUUUCUACACAGCGGCCACCAACAACCCUAACUUUGACCGUAUGGAAGGAAACCCCAUUUGCGUGCAGAUCCCAUGGGAUCAUAACCCCGAGGCGCUGGCGAAGUGGGCUGAGGGUCAGACGGGGUUCCCUUGGAUUGAUGCCAUCAUGACCCAGCUCAGACAGGAGGGCUGGAUUCACCACCUGGCCCGGCACGCCGUGGCCUGUUUCCUAACCCGGGGAGACCUGUGGAUCAGCUGGGAAAGCGGAAUGAAAGUGUUUGAGGAGCUGUUGUUGGAUGCGGACUGGAGCGUGAACGCAGGCAGCUGGAUGUGGCUGUCCUGCAGUGCAUUCUUCCAGCAAUUCUUCCACUGUUACUGUCCCGUAGGUUUCGGCCGCAGGACAGAUCCCAGCGGAGACUACAUCAGGAGGUACAUCCCAAAAUUGAAAGACUAUCCCAACCGCUACAUCUACGAGCCAUGGAACGCUCCGGAAUCCGUACAGAAGGCCGCAAACUGCAUUGUGGGUGUGGAUUAUCCCAAACCCAUGGUUAACCAUGCAGAGAGCAGCCGACUCAACAUCGAACGAAUGAAGCAAGUUUACCAGCAGCUCUCCCACUACAGAGGCCUUAGUUUACUCGCCUCCGUCCCUACGAUCCAGGAAGAGGCGGAGCCUCCCAUGUCUGAUGACUCUCAGGCCAGCAGCAGCACUGGUGGUCAAGCCUCCAACACCACAGCAUCAACCCCACCUAACUCAGAGCCGUCUACCCCAAACUCAAGCCCAACAGCAAUUGCCCUCGUCCCCCAGGCCCAGAGGAAGAGGGGCCGACCCUCUGAUGUCCCAAGCAAACAGAAGUCAAAACUUAAGCACACCAGCCAAGCCAAAGGAGUUGAGCAGAUGAUGGAGGACAAGCAGUGACCACAGGUUGAGACUGCAUUGGCAGUCCGACAUCUGAGGGAAUCAGAGGAGCCUACCUCCCCGAAUCAUCCCACAGAAACGGCUCGAGAAAAGUGUUAAAUGGCGCCACCAUCUGCAGCAGAACAGGAACGGCAGUAAAGAGAAAUAAUCAACGUAACUAAGGCGUGUUACAGACCCAGGGCUUCUGUUUCCCAAUCAUCCUUCAUUAAAGCUGCUUUUGUUCUUUGUUUUAACGUUUUAACCUGUUCAAACAAACAUGAUUGUAUCAAAAUGAAGGUUCAAUGAUGUUUUGCUCCCUGCAUUGUGAUCUGACUUCUAUUUAAUGGAUUUUGUCAUUUCCAAUUGAAAGUUUAGGGUAAUGAGUAUUUAAUUGAAUAAGUAUUCAUGAGAUUUGGCCAAAAUUUGUUGCACACUUUGAUUAAAAAUGAGUAAGUGAUGAGAAAAUACUGGAGAAAUGGCCUAUAAUGUUCCUACCACAUGAAUUGAGACUUAAGUUUUGUAUGAAGUCUCUAUAAUUGCUUGCAAGCUACAAGCAACUAGUUCGUACGAACAACAAAGAGCUGUGUUUCUUCGGUUUCGGGUUCGGUUAAUUUUUCCCUAUAAAGAUACGCUUUGUGCACAUAGCUCCAAAUGCAAACAUUUCAUUGCCUCUGGCUGCACUAAAGGUUUUCGAAUUUAACAACAUCAAUCCUCUGUUUAUAAUGCAAUAAGCCUGAUUUAUUUACCAAGUGAUUAAUUUACCGUUCGCAGGUUUUCUAACAGUCGACGUAUAAUUGUACAUUCCACUAAAUGUUUCAUUCACGAUAAUUUAACCGUUUGAAAAGUAAUAGCAGGCGACGUGGAACAGCUUUAUUUAUGUUUUUGUCCCUUUUUUUUUUUUUUUUUUUUUAUUGUAUAAAAGAGUUUAUUUUCAUUAAAAGGCUGACGGGAUUGUUAAGCUGUUCUGUUUGUAGGCAGUAAUUUAUUCAAGCCUUUUCACUGCAUGCUUCUGUCAGCGAAAAAAAAAGUUUCUGCGAUAUAUUUCAUCUACCAUGUCUCGCUGUAGACUACAAUAUAUCAAAUAAAUUUCUUGAACCUGU